AUGGUGAUGGGAAAGUGCUCCCGAGCUUUUUGGCGGGGUCCGGAGAGUGCUUCCGUAAGGUCCGUCAUAGGAAAGAAGGAAGCUUUCAACCUUCCAGCGAAUGGACAUCCUGGAAACGAGAAGCCCGAAGGAGAUACCAAAGUCAACACGUGGUGUCCAAUUGCCGAGCCGACUGCCAUCGAGGACGGCUUGACUAGCUCGACAGAGUUUGCGAAGAACAAAGAUCUAUUGAAACAGCAAGUCGAGCGUCUUAGCGCGGCAGUCAAUGUGCCUUCAGUUUCUUACGAUGACAACUAUGAGGUUGAUAAAGACCCGAGAUGGCAUGCUUUCGUCACCCUGCAUGAGACGCUCAAGUCUCACUUUCCCCGAGUUCACGAAAAAAUGGUGCUCGAGAAAGUGCAUAGCUAUGGUCUGCUCCACACGAUGCCAGGAAGCUCUCAAGACCUCAAGCCCCUCGUUAUCAUGGCCCAUUUGGAUGUCGUGCCAGUCCCGGAUCCAACAAGAUGGAAGCAUCCUCCAUUCGAAGCAUAUUUUGAUGGGCAGUGGCUCUGGGGUAGAGGCUCUGUUGACUGCAAGAACAACCUCAUUGGUAUAUACAGUGCCAUGGAACGACUUCUCGAACAAGACUUCAAGAGCAAGCGUACUAUAAUCCUGUCGUUCGGAUUCGACGAAGAAACUGGUGGCUUCAGAGGUGCCAAAUAUAUGGCUGCUCAUCUGAAAGAGAAAUAUGGUGAGAACAGUAUGGGCAUGAUUAUUGAUGAAGGCGGAUCUGGAAUCCGUACAAUUGACGGUGUGGCAUACGCGCUACCGGCAAUUGCAGAGAAAGGGUUCCUCGACAUCGUCCUGACCUUGAACACACCAGGCGGCCACAGCUCUGCACCGCCCAAGAACACAAACAUUGGCAUAACGUCCCGCUUCAUUACAGCCGUCGAGGAGCAUCCUUUUGGUCCUCAUAUCGACGAGCACAAUCCCUUCUGGGGCUAUCUGAAAUGCGAAGUGGAGAAUUCGCCCAAAGCCUCGGAGCCAUGGCUGCGCGAAGCCCUAGAGAAGAAGGAAGACUUCGCAGACAGACUUAUCGAUUCACGUGGAGACAAGGUCCGCUGGUCAAUCCAGACGUCUCAAUCAGUGGAUGUCGUCAAUGGCGGUAUCAAAGACAACCAGCUCCCCGAGACGACAGAAACGAUCAUCAACUACCGCUUCUUACCAUCAGACAAAAUUGACGACGUUCUGAAGACCGUCGCAGAUGUACUAGCACCACUCGCAAACAACUACAGCAUCGCAGUCCAAGGACCAGGCUACUCGCAAAUCGACAGAGGUUUCGGCGUCCUGAACAUCUCAUCAAGCAACAUCCUCCAACCAUCUCCACUUUCGCCCACAGGACCAGAUGUAGGCGUAUGGAACAUCUUCGCAGGUACCAUUCGACAAGUAUUCGAAAACACAGGAGAAAAACUAUCAGCGAAGAAGGUGGUACCUGUGGGCACGAUUUCGACAGGCAAUACGGACACAGCGCAUUAUUGGCAGUUGACCAAGAACAUCUACCGAUUUUCGCCGAGGUGGGAAGGUACGUCUGAGGGUGUACAUACCGUGGAUGAGAGGAUUGAUAUGCAAGCUCAUUUGAGUGGACUGAGGUUCUACUAUGAGUUGAUUCGGAAUAUGGAUAGCUUUGUAGAUAACUAG